AUGGCGGAUGAGUCCAACGUGGAACGUUUGCUUGAGGAGGCGCACAGCGCGUCGGAUCCCGCUCCCAGUUUGAGGUCCAGAAAGAGAACGGUUGAGGAGAGUUCACCUGGUCGCACACCGAGGAGUUUGGCAAAGCUUGGCAUGGUGAACUCACCAUAUAGAAGGGAGAUGAUCACCACUUUGGAGGAGUUCAUGGCGCAGUUCGUGGAUGGCAAGGACCUUGGGCUGGAUGAAGAGGAUGUUCGGAACCAGAUGGCAGCGGCCAGUGGGAUGACCGUCUUGGACUUCACCCAGGUGUUGUAUGACCAGGCGUUGGAGGAGCAACGUAAGGGUACAAAGGGCUUGACCAAGUUCCUGGCGAAGUGGAGGAAGCAGAUCGCAGCCGGAAAGGUUACUCGCCCGGACAAACUUAGCCCUCCAGGGAGUUGGAGCUUGGUUGGAAGUCCGGAGGAGCCCAAGACAUCCAGUGCUUCAGAAGCUGCCAAGACGCCAGAAGCGACCACGCCAGGUGGGAGGACAGGAGGUUUAGCGGUGCUUGGGCCGCCGGGAAUCUACUGGAGGAGCUGCCAUGAGGGUACCAUCAAGUCGCUUGGAAGAGCUUCGGAGGAGUUGGUCUACUUACUGCGGGCUUGUGGGCAGUAUACAGUGGAGGUCGGGGAGAACGAGCACGGAGCCAAUUUGGCGAAUGCCUUGAUCGCGGCACAGGCUGGAGCUUCGACCCGUCUGAGAAGUGCAGGUUUCAAGCAGAAGGUCACAACAAGGUUGGCAGUGGGUCUGGCUGGACCGUACUGGGGCACGCAGGAGAAGUAUGCUCUGUCGGUGGCGGACUUCGUGCCUUGCUCCGAUGCAGAACUUGACCAGUUUGCGGUGGAGACCAGGACAGGCAAGCAGCAAAACGAGCAGCGGCCUCCGGCCCCCACGCGCUAUGAGGAUUGGGCCACCAGGGUGAAGCGGCAGACGGAUGUUUGGUGCUUGGUCUAUGGCAAGGAGUGGCGGGCCGUACGAGAACAUGCAGCACAAGUCCUUGGAGAUUGGCAUUUGGGGGCACCGCAUAGAUGGCCGCUUCAAAUCCUUUGCGAAAUUUGGGAGGAACUACAUUGGCGAUUCGUGGAGGAGCUGAAGGCGGAGUUGAGAAAGAUCAAGGGUAUCAGUGGUCGCGAAACAAUGUCGCUCUCAGAUCUGCGUUUCUAUGCCUUGAUGCCGGACGAUCGAGGACAACCACCCUUGCAGCUCCCGCGAACGUUCGACUUGCACAACCCGGAAGGCUGGUUUGUGUCAGAGGUCCUGCCCAGAAUCGAAAGAAGACAGGAGAGGAUGCUUUGGAAGCUCACGUGGGAAGGUGCGUCAAAAGGCAGGGGCCCAGCUCAACAAGCAGGAGGUGAUGGUCGAGGCGAUAUAGCCUCGAAGGGAUUGAUGGGGCCGAAGCUGACCACCGAGGAAACCAACCGAGCAAGGGAGCGUGCGCCGGUGAAUGCCGGUGAACAAGAAGGGCAAGCUUUUGUGUUCGGGUUUCCUGUCCCACAUGGGAUGCAGUCAACAGCCAUGUCAACGAGCACACGAGGGACCCAUUCGAAGACAGGGCAGAAAGACCUGUGGGCGCUGCUCUACAAGGGCCAUAUGCAUGAUCAGCCGCGCGCUGCACCAGGAGGCAUCGCAUGCAGGCAUUGCAAACCUUCCAAGAAGGCAGGAGUGGAAGGAGCUGUGGUCAGGUUGGUCGGAGAGGAUGCAGUGAGACAAGGCUGCUUCGGGACCGGGAGACGCACGGCUUUGAGUCUUCUGGGGGUUACCGCAGAGCUAUGUCAGGAAGAAGGGUAUGAGAAGGCUGGAAUGUGCUAUGAUGGUGAGGAUUCCAAGUCGCUCGGGCUGCUGCUUGCUUGGUUGAGGAAGUGGAGGAGAGGAGAUCUGGGACGAGCAGAACCAGAUCGGAAGGCAGGAGGAGCAGAAGGUCGACAAGCUUGGUGCUGGGGAGAAACUCUAUGGCUGGAAGCUUUGGAGCCUGAGGAGGAACAAGAGUGGCACGCAGGCGAAAAACCAAAGACCUCCAAGGCGCAGGUGGAGGAAUGGUUGGAGGAGCACAUGGAUGGAGACAAGGCGGUCAGUACGAAGAAGGCGUAUCAGGCUGCUUGGGAAAAGUGGUGCGAUUGGAGCAGGAGGCAGAAGUGGAUGUCUCCGUAUCUCAGUCAUACGGCAGACCCGGUGGAGAACGAGAACAAGCUGCUCGGGUAUUUGGGUUACCUGGGUUGGUUGGGAAUGUCGGUGGCGACGCUGAAGCAAGCAGUUUUCGCCAUCAAAGGAGCAGGACAUGGAGAUGCAACCGGGAAGAUGCACCGCUUAAGUGGAUAG